AUGCCAAAGAUCAAUGUAACAGUUAAAUGGCAAGGCAAAAAGUUCGAAAAUAUUGAGCUAGAUACUGAUGAAUCACCCGAACUUUUCAAAACUCAAGUUUACUCGCAGACUGGCGUUCCACCAGAACGUCAAAAGAUAAUGGUUAAGGGUGGCAUUUUAAAGGAUGACACCGAUCUUAACAAGUUGAAUUUGAAGGAUGGACACAGCUUUAUGAUGAUGGGUACUGCUGGCGAACUGCCUAAGCCCCCACCAAAACCAACUCAGUUUUUGGAAGAUAUGACCGAUGCUGAAAUUGCCGAAGUGUUGGAUAUUCCUCCUGGUCUUGAGAACCUUGGAAAUACUUGUUAUAUGAAUGCUACUCUGCAAUGUAUGAGAGCUAUGCCAGAACUUCAAUCCUCUUUAGAGAAAUACACAGGAGGACUUGGUGGUGUCGAUAACAGAGGCAAUCUGGUAGCUAGUCUUCGUGAUUUGUUCAUAAACCUCAAUAAGACUACUGAAGGCUUUCCUCCUUUGGUUUUUUGGCAAAUGCUACGUCAAUGUUUCCCUCAAUUCUCUCAAACAGGUCAAGGAGGCAUUCCUAUGCAACAAGAUGCUGAAGAAUGCUGGAGUGAAAUAGUCUCGGUCUUGAAGGCUAAAUUGCCCAAGGAGGAUGAGGAAAAGAACUUUAUCGAACGUUAUAUGACAGGUGAAUUACAAACGGAAACUAUCUGUGAGGAGGCGCCUGAAGAAGAAAAGACAAUCACCAAGGACACUUUCAAUAAAUUGAGCUGUCAUAUUUCUAUUAAUAUCAAUUAUAUGGUCAAUGGUAUUUUGGAGUCACUGAAUGAAGAGAUUGAAAAGAAUUCACCUACAUUAAACCGUUCGGCUAAAUAUCAACGUAAAUCUCGCGUCACGAGGUUACCUCAAUAUUUGCCUGUUCAAUUUGUUCGUUUCUUUUGGAAGCCUCAAGAACUAGUCAAAGCAAAAAUUUUACGUAAAGUCAAAUUCCCUCUAGAAUUUGAUGCGACAGAACUCUGCACACCUGAGCUUCAAAACAAAUUCUCCAAAGCAAAGCUAAAGCUUAAAGAGAUUGAAGAUAAAAAGGUUGCUAAAGAAAGAGAAGAGAAGCGCAGGAAAAUGAAUGACGAUGUCAACGGCGGUAAGGUAGCAGCAGCAACGUCCUCAACAGCAGCAAAAGGAGUAUCCUCCUCCACAACUAUGGAUGUAGACGAGACGGAGAAAUUGGAUUGGAAAGAAUAUUUGGACCCUGAGUUAGUAAAAGACGUCGGCUGCAAUCCUACUGGACAAUAUGAACUCGUUGCAGUCCUAACCCAUGUUGGAAGAUCUGCAGAUUCAGGCCAUUAUAUUGCUUGGGUUAAGAAGGGAAAGAAUGAAUGGCACAAGUUUGAUGAUGAUAAGGUUUCUGUUCUUCAAGACAGUGAUAUUGAAAGAUUAGAUGGAGGUGGUGAUUGGCAUACUGCUUAUAUUGUUCUUUAUCAGGCUAAAAAGUUAGAAUAA